AUGGCUCUUCCUAGCAUAAGCCAAGUUGUUCCAACAACUGGACCUACUACGGGUGGUACGGCUAUUACUAUUGUUGGAGUUAAUCUCCUCAAUCCAACUGGCGUGACCUUUGGCGGCACGAAUGCAACAGUCAUCUCAAGCACGCCCACCACUAUCUCGGUGACAAGCCCUGCAAACUCUGUGGGCGCCGCUCAAAUAAUCGUCACCACCGGUGCCGGCUCUAGCACGCAGCCGGUGUUUUUCAGUUAUGUUGUUGCCACUGCGCCGGUUAUCACCUCCCUCAACCCAGUCAGUGGACCAGUCUCGGGUUCCAAUGUCGUCUAUCUCGUCGGAUCCUCACUUUCCUUUGUGAAUGGCGUCAGCUUUGGAAGCACUAAUGCGCAGAGCUUUGCUAUCCUUUCCGACACCAAAAUCGCCGCGGUGGCUCCAGCGGGUGUUGCAGGAGCUACUACAGUGAGCGCAACGAAUUCGGUUGGUACUAGUGGGACUUUACCCUAUACUUAUACCACUCUGAAUGCCCCGACGACCAGUGCCGUAUCUCCGAGUACCGGUGCAGCUGGGGGUGGAAAUAGUGUCGUCAUAGCGGGCUCCGGAUUUACGUAUGCCACUUCUGUCGCAUUCGGCGCUAACACAGCUUCGUUUACUGUGUUAUCCGACACAACCAUCAAUGCGGUUGUGCCUGCAGGUCCACCUGCAGGAGGGAAUGUCAAUGUAAUUGUUUCGGGGCCUGGCGGCUCCAGUCCCAGUGGGCCCAGCUAUACUUAUGCGGCGGCCCCGACGCCAACAAUCACUUCACUGGCCCCAUCUUCUGGUCCUCUGGCUGGUGGAGGUACUAUCACUGUCCAGGGCACGAAUUUGAACGGAGCAACAGCCAUUCUGUUCGACGCUAUUCCAGCUCUCUUUUUCACAGUCCUGUCACCAACUGCCAUCAAUGUGACAGAACCAGUCUCAGGAUUCCCCUAUACCUAUCUGGCUCCACCUUCGCCAACAACAAUUUUCCCUACCGCCGGCGUGAUCACAGGUGGAAGUUCUAUCGCCAUUACCGGCACCGGCCUCACGGGAACUAGCAGCGUGCUCUUUGGAUCGACACCUUCACAGGGCACGAUUACAGUGACUGGUGAUACACUCGUCACGGUCACUGCACCGCCACACCCCGUUGGGACAGUUCCGAUCACCAUCACCACUCCCGGUGGCACCAAUAGCUCGCUUUCAUUCAGUUUCCAGCCCACCGCUGCGGUCACUUCUAUCUCUCCAGCUUUGGGCCCACUCGCCGGAGGUAACACCAUCACUUUAUCUGGCGCAGGGCUUUUUGGAGCAAAUGCUGUGCUCUUCGGUAGCGUCCCAGCGACAAGUGUGGUCGUCAUUUCUGACAACUUGGUGACUGCUGUCGCACCCGCCGAGUCUGCCGGUGCAGUGUCCGUAAAUGUCUCCACGGCUGCUAGCGUCAGCAACGGUGCUCUAUAUCAAUAUAUCCCUCCACCGACCUUGACAGCCAUCUCACCGACCUCUGGAUCUAUCAUUGGAGGCGGAAACGUUACUCUCACGGGAACGGGAUUCCUCACUGCAACUACUGUGUUCUUCGGUCUCCUCCCGACGAGUUUUACUGUUCUCAAUGAUACUACUAUAACCGCGACUGUGCCUAUAACAGGGCAACCUGGACCUGUCUCUGUGACGGUCAAUAAUCCUGGAGGAACUAGUGGAGCUCAGACCUACACCUAUAACCUUUAG